UGAUCGGGGUCUUUUUCUUGUCUCUUUACAGCAUCGUGCCAAUCCGUUGAUCGGAUCCCGCUUCAAGGACUCGUAAUAAUACCCUGCUUCUUCGCGACCCGCUCCAGUUUUAUAGCCGCAAACACCCUGGUUCGCUCCAGCUUCUUCCUAUACAUAGAAGCGAUACAGAAACUCAGCCACCAUGGACUCUACAUACUAUCUUCCGGCAACGACUUACAACCCCAACGCUCCUUUUACCAAGCGCUUCUCGUCUCCGCUGGAUCGGAGGCAAACCUUUAAUACUAUAAUUGAAGACUCGCCGCAGAUUUCCCAAGGCUUCUUCUCCCCUCAAUUGGCCCAGAACGUUAGCCGCGCAGCAAUGAUCUCUCCUACCUACCUGUCGCCCACUUACAGCGAGGACUUCCCCACCCCCAAGGCAUCCCUCUUGGACCCCACUCGCGCCAUUCAGAUGGACGACAUCGAAUUCUCACCGGUCGAGUCGCCAAAGUGGAGCAAGGAGAGGGAGGAGUUUGACGAGCUGUACAUGAUGACUGACAACGAAUCCGAGGAGGAGGAGGUCCCAUUGAAGUGCUCCAACUCUGUCAAGAAGAUCUCCGCCAGCUCAUCCAGCAGCGCAAGAUCUAGCACUACACGUGUUCCUUCGUUGAUCAUUCCGUCCCCUUCGCACUGGCCGACGAUUGAGAAACUUCAAGGGAGCGCGGUUUCGCCAGCAACAUACUCUCCGCUUCCAGUUUCUUCCACUCCAAACCUCCUCUCUGUGCUUCUUGGCCGAAACAAACAGGCUCCGGCUACCCACGACGCGCCUUCCCUGGACGGCAGCUUGUCAUCUGAGGAAAUGGAGCGUCUGAGCUGCCCAUCGACCCCGGACAGGCAUGCUCAGGAGGAGGGUCAUGGACAGUGGGCUGGCCCGAUUCAGCUGGACCCCGCGGCAAUGGAGACUCUGCACCACCUCACCACCGAGCAAGCACCGGUUACCGCCGACCAAGUCAUUGAGGUACCGGAGGGUGAGAUGCAGCAAGUCAUGGGUCGCAACCGCACCUCGGUUCCCCGCCUCUUCACUGCAAACCUGUCGGCCAGCCCCGUGGCGCCGUCUGAUGCUGAAGACAUGUCUGCUCUGUCUAUCCCGUCGCCGGGUGGUUUCUUCUCUUCCCUGAAGGAAUCCGCUCGCCACACUUGGAGCAUUCCGAGGACGCGGGAGGCUACUCCGUCCACCUCGAUCGCCGAGACGUUUUACGGCGUGCCGUGGCGUAACGAGCCCAACAACAUCGUGGAGCAGGUCGUCGAGGUCCCCGCCUCUUUCGACACUAGCGCCGAGAUGACGCCCACGGCUCGCGACGGUUUCAUGUCGCCGGUUGGUGAAGUUCUGGAGAUCAAGCCAAGCGAGACUGUCUACGAGUACAAUGAAAACUACGCGGCCGAGCUGGCAAAACUCAGCUCGGCCAACCUCAGCCGCACGAGCAUGUGGCUGUCUGCCCAGGAGACUUGGCUCGAAGGCGUCAUGACCCCCUCGACCCCAACCCACGAGAGGGGAAACUCGAUUGACUCUGUUAUUUCCCCUUCGAAGAAGUCGGUCCGCUUUGUCGACCUCAUCCCGCCCAAGUCUCCGUCCGUUACGUCCGAGGACGAGGCCGCCAAGGUCUCUACCUUUCUCGAAGCUUUAGUUUAUCUCCGCGAGAGCACUGGCAAGUACGACGCUUUUAUCCACCGUCAAACCCGCGCUGAAGCCGUUCACCUCCAGCGCCGAUGCAUGCCUAAGACCCACCGCCGCCUCCACCUCAGCAAGUUCGAACUGAACAGCCCGUCGAAAAUCCCGUCUACUCGCCCCGUCUCCACCUUCUACACCGACGACCCGAACAUGCACAAGGAGCAGAUUGCCAAGGCCCACAAGGAGCGUCAGGCGCUGGAUCUGAUCCGCCCCGCCUUCUGGACACUCGAAGCCUCCAAGCUGCUCCACGGCGGCCGCCUCAUCACUAGCCCCGCCCACCGCGUCCUCGCUCACGCCCGCGACAACAACACCACUCGCGUCCUUGACCUCGGCGGUCAGGGCUCCUGCGACUGGGCCUGGCAGGUCGCGCUCGACUAUCCGCGCACAACCGUGCACACUGUUUCGACGGUCGCAGAAGCGCCAGUGAUGCUCGAGGGCCAGGAGGAGCGCGAGAUGGAGGGCCCAGCCAACCACCGCCGCAUGCAGGUGCCCAACUACUGGACGCUGCCGUUCCCGAACGGGCACUUUGACGUCGUGUCGGCACGCAACAUGUACGCCCUGCUCAAGACGAGCAAGCCCAGCACGAUUCCGGGCGCCGCCACCACGUCCAACAAGGACGAGUACGACCUCUGCCUCAAGGAGUGCCUGCGCAUCCUCAAGCCCGGCGGGUAUCUCGAGUUCUUCGUCAUGGACGCAGACAUCUUGCGCGCGGGCGCCGGCGGCCAAGCCCAGGCCCUCAGCGUCGAGUUCGGCUUCAACCUCAAGACGCGCGGCUACGACGCCGCGGCCACCAAAUCCUUCGUGCCGCGCCUGGCGCGUGCCGGGUUCAGAGACGUCAAGCGCGCGUGGACGGCCCUGCCGUUCCCCCAGCCUGGCGCUAAGUGGAACGAGCCGCUGAAUGUGGGCGCGUCUGCACCUGCCACUGAGACGACGACGCCGAGCGCGAAGCCCGAGCCUGUGCGCCAGUCAAGCGACUCGUUUGGCUCGGAGCGGACGCUGGUGCCGUCGCAGUCGCAGGCCCAGCAGGCGCAGAAACCAAAGCGCGACUCGCUGAUGAUGGACGACAAGGCCGAUGGGGAGGAGCAGCAGCAGCAGCAACAGCAACAGCAACAACAAAACGGCUCGACCAAGGACGCGCGCGACGUAGCGGGCUUGGUGGGCGCGUGGGCGUGGGAGCGGUGGCUGGUGAAGCUGCAGGCGGAGAUGGGCAAGGACGAGUCGCGGCUUGGUGAGGGGGUCGUCCAGGCGUUGGAGGAGGGGGCCCGUGAUGGGGCGGCUUGGAGGUGUGUGGAGGGGUGGGCGAGGAAGGGGUUUUAGGUGGCUGGCUGUUUUUUUGUGCCUGCCUGCCUACCUACCUAGGUACUGUUUCUGCCCGAUCAGAUCUCGCUGCUGCACUUCUUGUGCGUUUGUGGGGUUGUGGGUGGGUGGGGGCAGGUGGGCUUUUUUCAGUCAGUAGGGGACGCAGAUUGUGCUGGUUUGGUUUGGUUUGCGCGUUUGUGGUUGUGUUUGUUGCUAUGAUUGAUGGUUUAUGAGGUGAUGACGUGCAUGCUUGCUUGCUUGGGAGCUGGCUGGUUGGGUUGG